ACCGUCUCUCAGUCGAGCUCGAGCAUCCUCGAUCGUCUGUCUCGCCGCCGCUAGUGGCUGGUUGUGUGUGAUCGAUAAGAUAUGGCCAUGGUGCUGCCGGAGACAGCGGCGGAGGGGAAGGCGCUGACGGAUGCGUGGGACUACAAGGGGAGGCCCGCCGGGAGAGCUGCCACCGGCGGGUGGGGCUGCGCCGCGAUGAUCCUCGGGGCGGAGCUGUUCGAGCGGAUGACGACGCUCGGCAUCGCCGUCAACCUGGUGCCGUACAUGACCGGCACCAUGCAUCUCGGCAAUGCCGCGGCGGCCAACACGGUGACCAACUUCAUCGGCACGUCAUUCAUGCUCUGCCUCCUCGGUGGGUUCAUCGCCGACACCUACCUCGGCCGCUACCUCACCAUCGCCGUCUUCGCCGCCGUCCAAGCCACGGGGGUGAUGAUACUGACGAUCUCGACGGCGGCGCCGGGGCUGAGGCCGCCGGCGUGCAGCGACCCCAAGGGGGAGAGCGCCGACUGCGUGGUGGCGAACGGGACGCAGCUGGGCGUGCUGUACCUGGGGCUCUACCUGACGGCGCUCGGCACCGGCGGGCUCAAGUCCAGCGUGUCCGGCUUCGGCUCCGACCAGUUCGACGAGUCCGACGACGGCGAGCGCAAGAAGAUGAUGCGCUUCUUCAACUGGUUCUACUUCUUCGUCAGCAUCGGCGCGCUGCUCGCCACCACCGUGCUGGUGUACGUCCAGGACAACGUCGGCCGGCGGUGGGGCUAUGGCAUCUGCGCCGUCGGCAUCCUCGUCGGCCUCGCCGUCUUCCUCUCCGGCACCAGGAAGUACCGGUUCAAGAAGCUGGUCGGGAGCCCCCUCACCCAGGUCGCCGCCGUCACGGCCGCCGCCUGGAGCAAGCGCUCGCUGCCGCUGCCGUCCGACCCCGACAUGCUCUACGACGUCGACGACGCCGCCGCCGCCGGCCAGGACAUCAAGGGCAAGCAGAGGCUGCCACACAGCAAGGAGUGCCGGUUCCUGGACCACGCGGCGAUCAUCGACGGGGCGGCGCCGGCGGCGAGCGGCAAGUGGACGCUGUGCACGAGGACGGACGUGGAGGAGGUGAAGCAGGUGGUGCGGAUGCUGCCGAUAUGGGCGACGACGAUCAUGUUCUGGACCAUCCACGCCCAGAUGACCACCUUCGCCGUCGCCCAGGCGUCGAUCAUGGACCGCCGCGUCGUCGGCUCCUUCCUCAUCCCGGCGGGCUCCCUCACCGUCUUCCUCAUCGGCUCCAUCCUCCUCACCGUGCCCUUCUACGAUCGCCUCGUGCUCCCCGUCGCGCGGCGGCUCACCGGCAACCCGCACGGGCUCACCCCCCUCCAGCGCGUCUUCGUCGGCCUCUUCCUCUCCAUCGCCGGCAUGGCCGCCGCGGCGCUCAUCGAGCGCCACCGGCUCGCGUCGUCCUCCCACGGCGCCGUGCUCACGGUGUUCCUCCUGAUGCCGCAGUUCGUGCUCGUCGGCGCCGGCGAGGCGUUCACCUACAUGGGCCAGCUCGACUUCUUCCUCCGCGAGUGCCCCAAGGGGAUGAAGACCAUGAGCACGGGCCUGUUCCUCAGCACCUGCGCCAUCGGCUUCUUCUUCAGCACGCUGCUCGUCACCAUCGUCCACAAGAUCACCGGCCACGGCCCCCGCGGCGGCUGGCUCGCCGACAACCUCGACCACGGGAGGCUCGACUACUUCUACUGGCUGCUCGCCGUGCUCAGCGCCAUCAACCUCUGCUUCUUCACGCUCGCCGCCAAGGGCUACGUCUACAAGGAGAAGCGCCUCGCCGACGCCGGCAUCGAGCUCGCCGACGAGGAGACCAUAGCCGUCGGCCACUGACGCAUGAUGCUAGCUCGCAGUUAGCACGCGCGCGUCGUCGUCUCCUUGUAUAACUUUGGUUUUUUCUUUGUAUUUUGAUUUUUUUUCUUCGUGUAUUCGGUGGGAUACGGAUGUAUUUCACCGGAUAUAUAUAAUCUGGGUAUAUUACGCAGUUAAUUAAUGUGUACGUGAGGAGGGUAAAAAAAAAAGAAUGUACUGCUGCUGUAGAAUGAAGCUGUACACGUAGGGGGAAGGGAAGAUUUAUACUGGUAUAUGUACAUCGUAUACUGAUAGUACUGUGCAGCGCAGGAGGAAAUUCCUGCGAGGUGAGGGCACCUCUGAAUCUGAUCAAUAAGAAAAAGGUUUUGUUCAUAUGAAA